AUCUCAACCCUCAAGUGGUUCUGGGUAUUGAGAGGUUACUCAGAUUCCCAAGAUGGCGGACGAGAAAGAACAGAACAGCGACAAGAAAAACGAACCGAUUAAAAUACCUCGUGGAAGGCCUAAAUCUGGACGAGUAUGGAAGAGUGAAAAAAAUAAGAAGUCUACCAUAAUCAAGGUUAAGCCACUACACUCCGACUGGAAGAAAAAGCAAAAAGAUAAACUGGAGAAGAAGCUACUCAAGGCGUAUGAGAGUGAGCUGAAAGAUACGGCAACUAAACAAAAAGAGGAGAAAAGAAAGAGGCAAGAAGAGAACAAAAAGAGACGGGAAGAAAAUGAAAGAAAAUCUCAAAUUGUUCAAGUUAUAAAAGACACUUCCAAGAUAAAGAAGAUGAAAAAAAAGCAUCUAAGACAAAUAGAGACAAGAUAGUAUAUCGUAUUUGCAAAUACUAUACUUCCCAUACAGUAUUCUUGUCCAUGGCAUUUUCCUGCUUGCAUCAUUACAGCCUCGUACUUCCAUAUUCAAGGGGUACACCACAUACAUUGAUACAACAAUAGCUGAGCAAGAUUUGGAUAAUCAAGAUUCAAGUCUGGAUUGAUUGGCUGUAGGUUGAAUGCUCCAGGUUCGAUUUCACUGUUGCUCAGGUUUAGCCUCAAUUAUAGCUAGAGUAUUCAUGUGUGCUUGUGUAGGUCUGGUAUUUCAAAAUGUGUUGUCAAAGUUGGUGCAUUUUAUAAGGGUCAAUAUUUAAGGAAGUGAGGCUAAACCAGAGUAAGUAAUCAGUUGACUUGUCUCUCUUCAUGAAUGUAUGGUUCAGUAGCUUUUAUUCUAUAUUAUAUGUGUGUAUGUUGUGGGGGUGGGGUUGGGGAAUCUCCUUUUCCAGGAAGGGGAAGGGAAGGUAUCGCACACUUGCAACAAGUUAUUUAGGCUGAGAAAAACUCUUAAUUUUAUUUGUUUGUUAAUGGCAUCAAAUUUAUCACAGCCAUUACAGAUAAACAGUAGUAAAUAGUUAUGAAACUCCAUUAAAUUGAUAUGAAUAAAUACAUCAUAAAAUAUUGCUGAUAUAUAUUAAGUUAAAUUCAAAUUCAUCACAUCCAUUACAGAUUGACAGUAGUAAAAGUUAUGAAACUCCAUAAAAUUGAUGAAAAAAUAUACAUCAUAGAAUAUUGCUGAUAUCUAUUAAAUUAAAAUUAUUUAAAAUACACUUAACUGUUAAUUGGAAUCCAAGAACCCAUUGUUAUAUCACACAGUUAAUACCAGUAUGCUCACCAUCCCUUGGUUAUUGCUUCUUCUUUGUUAGAAAAGAGAUAGAUCUUUGCAAUAUGAAGUUAAAACAAAAGUGAGACUUUUGACCAUUUGAUGAAGUCCAACCAACAAUCAGCCAAUGAUGUAAAUGUUUUUUUUGGCAUGUACUGUAAAUUAUUGAGUGAAAAAUGUAAAGCAGCAUAAAAGUUAUUAAUACAAGUCACACAAGUGGCUUUGCGAACAUA